UGGCGUCUGUGCUCUUCCCUUCUCUUCCCAACUCUCGGUGAUCAUCUCCAUCUCCCCUCGCGCAUCCCUCCCCCGCCCCCUUCCUGGCUUUCUUUGCUCUCCCUCCUUGCCGCGUGCCUGCUCCCCUCCCCCUCGCCUGGCUGCUCUGGGCAGCAGCAGCCUCAGCAGCCCCGGAGAUGGGCAGAGAGCGCGCAGGGCGCUGCAGCUCUGGAGCAGCGGCUCUCCCCGCCCCCGGUGCCCUGCGCCCCUGCUGCCGCUCUCGCCGCCUGGCUGUCCCCCGACUCCAGCUCUGCUUCUAGGACAGCGCCGCCACCGCCGCAAGCCCUCGUCCCGCCGGCGCUGCGCUACCCUCAAGCGCCCUGGAUGGCGCUUUCCCUCGUUGGGAUGGAACUGAUUUAGAAUGUGACAACUCAAGCAUCUGAUAACACAGUGGAGUAGUUCAACAUCCGUCUCUGCUUCCCAUGCUGGUCUCUACAGUAAAAAAAGUAUGACAUCAACAUCCAAAGGCAUCCUUCGUCCAUUUCUAAUCGUCUGCAUUAUCCUGGCCUGCUUCAUGGCGUGUCUGCUUAUUUACAUCAAGCCCACCAACAGCUGGGUCUUCAGUCCAAUGGAGUCUGCCAGUUCUGUGCUGAAAAUGAAAAAUUUCUUCUCCACAAAAACUGAUUAUUUUAAUGAAACCACUAUUCUGGUUUGGGUUUGGCCAUUUGGGCAGACCUUUGACCUUACAUCCUGCCAAGCGAUGUUCAACAUCCAAGGGUGCCAUCUCACAACAGACCGCUCACUGUAUAACAAAUCCCAUGCGGUCCUGAUUCACCACAGAGACAUCAGCUGGGAUCUGACUAAUUUACCUCAGCAGGCUAGGCCACCCUUUCAGAAAUGGAUUUGGAUGAACUUAGAGUCUCCAACUCAUACUCCCCAAAAGAGUGGCAUUGAACACUUGUUCAACCUGACUCUAACUUAUCGCCGAGAUUCAGAUAUUCAAGUGCCUUACGGCUUCUUGACAGUGAGCACAAAUCCCUUUGUGUUCGAAGUUCCAAGCAAAGAGAAGUUGGUGUGCUGGGUUGUGAGUAACUGGAACCCUGAGCAUGCCAGGGUCAAGUAUUAUAACGAGCUCAGCAAGAGUAUUGAAAUCCACACCUAUGGGCAAGCAUUUGGAGAAUAUGUGAAUGAUAAAAACCUGAUUCCCACCAUAUCUACAUGUAAAUUUUAUCUUUCUUUUGAAAACUCAAUUCACAAAGAUUACAUCACAGAAAAGCUCUAUAAUGCAUUUUUAGCUGGCUCAGUACCUGUUGUCCUGGGACCAUCUAGGGAAAACUAUGAGAAUUAUAUUCCAGCUGAUUCAUUCAUUCAUGUGGAAGAUUAUAACUCUCCCAGUGAGUUGGCAAAGUAUCUGAAGGAAGUUGACAAAAACAAUAAGUUGUACCUUAGUUACUUUAACUGGAGGAAGGAUUUCACUGUAAACCUCCCACGAUUUUGGGAGUCACAUGCAUGCCUGGCUUGUGAUCAUGUAAAAAGGCAUCAAGAGUAUAAGUCUGUUGGUAAUUUAGAGAAAUGGUUUUGGAAUUAAAGUUUCCAUCAUUUUCACAUUUAAUGAAUUAUAAUAAUGUAACAUCAUUCAAGUUGUGAGGAUAAGAAGAGAAACAAUUUGCUUUGUGUCACAGUUUAUUUUUAUCACCCUCCUUUGAACAACAUGUAUAUUUUGAUGGAAAUUUUUAAGAGCUCGAAAUUAGCAAUCACUCCAUUUGAUUUUAAACUAUUCUGUAUAUAUGUGAUAAUGAACACCGAAAAUAAUUUAUUCUCCAUUCUCAUUUGUAAACAUUUUUUUUCACAUUUUAUAGUUGCCUGUAAAGUAAAUUUAUGAUUCAAUUGUUUCUACAUCAAUAAGACCUUUAAUCUGUUUGGGAAAUGAAAAUGUGUAUCCUAAAAUAUGAAAGAUUUUUACCAAGUAUUAUAAUGGCUACAUUCUAGCUCGCACAAUGUUAACAAAGAAGGAUCAGAGUAUCACUUCAUUUUUAACCUCCUUGACUUAAGAGUUGAACACUGUGUGUAACUUAUGUAGUUUUUACCUGUUUACCACAUUUGUGAAGGCAAACUUACUCGUGUAGUAAAGAAGAAAGAUAUGAAGCAGAAAUGUUAUUAGACUUCACACUCAUUUUCAUUAAGUUGUUUUGCAAAUGCAGACUCUCAAUGUCUUAGGUUAAAGUAUCCAAGAAUUUGGGGGCAUACAACUUUUGUGAUAUUUUUAAUAGCUAAUAACAGCUAAGAGAAGCUUUGAUUGUCCCGUUUCAAAUCAAGUUUUAUUUUUCCAUAUUUGGUAAUGAAUAGAUAUAAAAGUAGAAAGGUGUAUCCUUUCAUUUAGAGAAAUCUAAACAAAAUUAUUACCAAUUGGUCUAAUAUAUCAUUAAAUAUAAUAAAGUACAAACUUUCAAGGGACAGACAUUGCUGACACAGAGUAGGAGUUCAAUAUGUAUUUGUUAAAUAAAUUAACAGCAUUGAAAAGUCAUGGGUAAUUUUUGUUUGUUCAAUAAAGGAACAGAUCUAGCCUAUGACUAUUCAUUGAAAAUGAUCUUUUUUAUUCCAUUUUAAAAAUUAUUCAUACAUAGCAUAUGUUGCUAUGAUAUUCAGGGCUUUGCAAAACUAAUUUAAACUUAGUAUUGCACUAAAUUUGGGGGCAUGUUAUUCAUGAACUUUCACCUGCCUGCAGAAAUCCUCUUCUGUAAGUUGAGUGGAGGUAGAAGGACAUAUGCAGAUACAGUGGAGUAGAGGGAAAAAAACAGAUACUGAGACUCUUACAGAAAAUUAUUCUCUAAAGGAUUCCUAACGCUUGUGUUCUACUCUGGUCAAAAUCUAUAGAAAAUGUAAUAUUCUGAUGACAUCCAAUUGGAUGUUUUGUGGCUCAGUAUAAUUUUCCUAGUACCUGUUACAAUCAACAGAACUUACACUCACCCUCUACAUAGAUUAUUAGGGAAGAUAAAUUUCAGUUCAAUAAGCAGGAACUGUGUGUCCUGUGAGAGAAUGAGCUUCCCUGGUAAGGGAAGUAUUUGAGCAAAGAAAGACUCCAGAAUUAAAUAGACAUUGAUCCUGCGUUCAUUUUUUUAGACAUAAUUACACAGGUAAAGUUGUCAGUCCCAAACCAACACAGAAAUAAAAUAAAAAUGAAAACAUGUUGUCACUGCAUUAAAGGGACUGUGACACUGAGCUUCCUAUAAAUUCCAUCUAGCAGGACUCUAAUGGAGACUAUGAGUCAUUGUCAUUUAAUGAAAAAAAAAAUACUAGUAACUUUACCCAGUUGUUUAGCUACUCAACAUAUGUUGGAAUUGCUAGUUCCUUCUACUCAUUUGACCCAACAUAGGCUUUAUUUCUUCUGUCCACACAUUGUUUCAUAUCUAUAAAGAAAUGGUCUGCAUACAUGGAUAUUGUCCUAAAAGCUCUAUCAUAUAUUUAUUUGUUUCAAAGUCAAUUUCAUAUGUGUAUAUCUAUUCAUUAUGUUUUUGAUCCAUAAGAUGUAGGUACCUAAAUAUGCAAAGAGAAGCUUAAAAAAUGUUCUCUGUGAAAGCUGGAAAGCAUUCAGUAGUGUGUCCCCCACCAUUACCAACCUGAAUGCUCAGAUCCCUGAAGGCUAUUGUUUCUUCUGUUGACAAUGAAUCUGAGCUCAUUCUUGAACUGAAACUACAGUUAAAUGCCAGUAAUAUAAGCCAAGCCAAGGCAACAAAUAUUCUGCUAGUGCAUCUGUACACUGAAAGCCUAAUACCAAGCCAUGGAAAUGAGUGUGUGAACUUCAAAUGAACAGUGAAUGGGCCAGCUAUUGAACCAGCAGAAAUAACAGCAGUAUUUGUAAGUUAACCUCUUCUGAUCUAUGAGGUAAUUAUAUAUAAAGACAGUAUUUACUCCUGACGUAUGUUGAAAGACAGGGAUGUGAACAUGGUGAUAAUAGAAAUUAGAAUUUAAGGGUCCUAUGGCUAUUAAUCUCAUGUUUGUCUCCACCUCCUCUGCACCUUAUUGUUCAAAUAUGUCCCAAUUCCUAAAAUGUGAAUAUCACAUUGUCACAUAGGAUGAUAUGUUCUGGGACUUCAACUUUUAAAUAUAUAGUAAAAAAAAAAAAA